GCACCACGGCACCAGCCGGCACUCCCGACUCCGCGCCAGUCCCGCAGUCCCGCUCGCCCAGUCGCCACGUCCGCUUCCGGCGUCCGGCGCUGCCUGCCCCUUCUUUCCUCCCCAAAGCCGGCACGCCGCCUCCUGCAGUCCUGCCCGCCGCGCCGCCUCGCCUACUGCCGGCUGGCCUCCUCCGUGGCCCGGGCACGGCCAGCUGGUGCCCAGGCCGCCAGGCGCCAGGGCCAGGUCUCCCCCGUGGUCCCACGCGGCCGCCCUCCUCCUCCGACGACUCUUGAAGAUCUGGCCGUCCAUCAAGCGGGACAAGGGCAACGCCAUACAGUUCUUGCUUGAGUCUCUCGGUUUUGCUGACAGUAACAAUGUCUUCCCGAUAUAUAUUGGAGACAAUGAGGACGCGUUUAAGGAAUAUGCUUUGUGUUGGAAGAAUUUGUUCAAGAUAUUAUUCAAGCCAUGCUGUAUCUUCAUUACUUGUGGGUCCACGACGUUUGUUUGCUCGUGAAAGCCCACACUAUGUUGGCUCCAAGUGUCAUGGGACUAACCAAAGUAGGGACAAUAGUACCAAAAUCUUGAAUCCGGAGCUAAAUAUUGGUAGUUGUGGUGCUUGCUUUUCCACUGUGGCAGGAACCAUUCUAGUCCAAGCUCAUGAUCCAUCUCAGCUAGCAUUGGAGAUAGAGAAUGCAAUUGAUGAGCAGAGAUUUGAUGAUGCAUGGAGGGCUUAUGAUAAGCAUGUUCACAUGGAUGGACUUCCAAGAAAGUCCGUUUUGAGCAAGCUCAUCACUGGCUUGGCAGAGAGCUGUGAUCCUCACCGGCUGAAGCAGUCCUACAAUGUGGUUAGUCAUGCAUUUGAAGAGAAGCAAGAAUUGUUGGAUAAGGAACCCCUAAUUUACCUAUCCCUCGUUCUUGCACGCUGUGAUCUGCCUAAUCUUGCUAUAAAUGUUGUGAGGAAGUUGGUAAAGAUGGAAGCAUACCCACCUGUUGCAGCAUGGUCGGCAAUUUUAGCUCAUAUGUGUCAAACUAACACUGGUGCAUUUCUCGGUGCAGACCUUGUAAUGGAGCUUGGUUAUCUUUUCCAGAAUAAUAGAGUUGAUCCACGGAAGAAGAGUAACCGUCCUUUGCUAUCAAUGAAACCUAAUUCAUUUACAUUCAACAUAGUUCUGACUGCAUCUCUCGUGUUUGGCACUACAAGAAAAGCAGAGCAGCUUCUCGAACUAAUGCCUAGGAUAGGGGUGAAGCCUGAAGUCAACUUGUUGAUUGUUAUGGCCCACAUAUAUGAAAGGAAUGGGCGCAGAGAUGAGAUUCAGAAGUUAAAGAGGCAUGUUGAUGAAGCUUGUGGUCUUAGUGAAUCAGAGUUCAGGCAGUUUUAUGAUUGCUUGCUCUCCUGUCAUUUGAAAUUUGGGGAUUUGGAUCAUGCAGUUGAUAUGGUUUUGGAUAUGCUUAGGAAAGGUAAGAAUGCAAAGCGGUCAUUGGAAGCAGCUAAAGCAGUUCUUGAAGCUGUUGAAAAUAGAAAAGUUUAUUUUCCUUAUGAGAAAACUGAUGCUGAAAACCCAUGCUCUUCUAAUAGCCAAAUGCUAAGUUAUGCUUCAUUCUUGAAAGACAACAGCUUUGCGAGAUUUGAAUUACAUGCAAGAGAAUUAGUCAGGCUAUUAACAGAUAAGCUGCAGGAACAGGUUGGACUGGUGAAAUCUGAGCAUGGCAUUCUCCAUCCAACUGAAACAAUGUAUGCCAAGCUUGUUAAAGCUUUUCUGGAAGCAGAUAAGAUCAGUGCAUUGGUGUCGUUUCUUGUGAAAGCAAGCAAAGAAGAUUCUCCUGUAUCUGUUGAAAGCUCCUUUGUUGUUCAAGUGAUAAAUGCAUGCAUUUCUCUUGGGUUAUUAGAGCAAGCACAUGAUCUUCUGGAUGAAAUGAGAUUUUCUGGAAUUAGGGUUGGUUCAUCCAUUUAUUCAUCACUCCUAAAAGCCUAUUGCAAAGAGGGACAACAUGAAGAUGACAUAACUGCACUUUUGAAGGAUGCUCAACAAGCUGGCAUUCAACUUGAUGCAAGCUGCUAUGAGGAUUUGAUACAAUCUAGGGCAAAUCACAGUAACACCACAGGUGCUCUCCAUCUUUUUAAAGAAUUGAAGAAUUUGAAUGUUCUGAAAGCUGGUCACAAGGAAUUUCAGAGAUUAGUGCAAGGCUCUGAUGACAAUGAAGCUGCUUUGAUGACCAAGCUAGUGGAGGAAGUCAGGAGUGGUGAUAUAGUUGAUCAUGCUGUUCAUGAAUGGAAUAAUGUUAUCCAUUUCUUCUGCAAGAAGAGAUUGAUGCAUGAUGCUCAUAGAGCACUGAACAAGAUGCGAGCUUCUGGCCAUGUGCCAAAUGCACAAACUUUUCAUUCUUUAAUAACUGCUUAUGCUGCUAUUGGUGGCAAAUAUGUGGAAGUGACAGAUUUGUGGGGUGAAAUGAAACUUCUGGCUAGUUCAAGUUCUAUGAAAUUUGAUCAGGAGCUCUUAGACUCUCUGUUGUAUUGCUUUGUGAGAGGUGGUUUCUUCCUUCGAGCCAUGGAAGUUAUAGACAUGAUGGAGAAAAGAGAGAUGUUUAUAGACAAAUACAAAUACAAGUCCUUGUGGCUUAAAUACCACAGAACAUUGUACAAAGGUAAGGCUCCCAAGGUGCAAACAGAAGCACAACUAAAAAGGAGAGAAGCAGCAAUACAUUUCAAGAAAUGGAUUGGGUUGACAUGAGAGCAAGAGAUUCAACUCAAGCUAUAUGAACUGAUCAGGAAUUCUUUGAUUAUCUACUGUAUGGAUGGAUCUUCACAAAUUCCAAAAAAUCGUAAUUGUGGAGUUUGUUAGAAGGUAAUGUGUUUUUUCUAUUUUGCAUUUUUGUGUAGUUCCUGCUUGAAAAUUAGUAAUCCAAAACCAAACUAGAUAAUGUAUAGUUGCUAUGUUUGUUACAACAAAUGCAGAAAUGCUUCAGACAACACAUUCAAUAUAAUGGUGUUGUGUGGCAUUAAGAAAGGGGUCUUUGUGCAUUUUCGAGGAAUACAAUAGACAACUCAUAAUUAUUGAGAGUUGGAUUUAGUUCUGUAGAUGAUUGUGAUUUGUGACUAUUCUUUUAAGAAAUAAUGGUAUCAUAUUCACAUUUUUAAUGAGUAUAUCUGGAUUACCUAGCAUAUGAAUAAAUGUGGAAUUGAAAACAGAGAGCAUCAAAUUAUUUGGUGAGAUUGAAGAUAUAAUAAUAAUGUUCACAAUCAUAAUCCGGCCAUUGACAUUGGUUUGCAAUAAUUCCCACUUAUGCUAUCUGUCUCAUUUUUUAAAUUUUCCAAGUGUGGUAGCUAAUUAGUCUAACCUGGCAUAAAAAGGCAUUAUGAGAGUCUGGAGGUUUCAUAGGCAUGCAAGCGGCUCGGGCCUGCCCAUGGACUGCUUAGCCUGCCCCGCAAAAAAAGCCCUGCAGACAGCUUGUUUUUCUGUUGCGGAUUGAAGUGGGCUUUACUGCUAACACAAGUGAACAAUCAGCAAAGCCUGCUCAUUCGUGCACAGGCCUCAAAGAGGCAAGGACUCCCAUUGCACGUCCUUCACCUCCCUCUGCUCGCUUGUGUGCAACUCUAAGGAGCAUCGUCGCCACCACCACUGCCUCGCAUUGUCACUGCCAUAGCCCUGUGGUAAGUGGUACACCUAUCUCCUGUUGCCUGUGGCUCAAUUACAUCAUGGCAAGGUCUCUACAUGACUUCGCCUAGGUUAAGCCCAAAAGUGUGCGCCACAGCAGCACCAGCAAGGACUACUCUGACUUCGACCUCAUCCUGGUAACCUCUCCUCCCCUUGCUGCUGGUAUCCAGAUUGUGAUCCAUCACAUUGUUCAAAAAUUGCAGAGCAGCUAGAAUCAUCACAACGAUAUCAGAGCAACAGUCAUAACAGACUGGACCUUUUUUUAUUUAAUAUAAAAGAUAAAAGCCUAGAUUGAACUAUGCCAGGGCCUAUUAUUACUCUAAUGUGUUUCUUGUUAUAGUUGCUGUGAAGAGAUGAAACACCUUGCCGACUGCAUUGACUCAGCAGACAAGUACAAAUUUGCAGCGUGCUUGUUUUAGUAAUAGAUGGCUUCCAAGUCUGAAUAGGAAUAAUAGAAGGGUCCCUGCAUUCUUUUUCUUUGUUGGUUGCUAGGUCGGAUACAUGGGGUUGAUAUCAAUCCUGCUGAUUCCCAUUGCAGUAUGACUGAAGAAACAACAAGCAACAAACACCUGAUAUAUGUCCAUUUCUCACUUAAUCCAUUUCUCACUUAAUCCAUUUCUGUUUCUUUCCAAGUUUUAGAUUUAUUUCUGUGUGAAUUUCCUGCUUUCUGUGCUAAUAUGCAAAUUCUAAACAUCAUGUAAAACAUUUGCAAGAGAAGUAAAAGGAACAAAAUGUAUACUAAUGCUAACUGCAUCUACUGCAUGUAAUGGAGGACUUAUUAGGCUGGAUAGACACUGCAUAUCCUCUUAGAGUGAUCUGUGCUGCAGGGUUCAAAUUAAAUUGCCUCCCAUGUCACCAUGUGAUUACAUUUUUCAAAAGCAGUGAAUACUUGGAAGCCUAGCGCCUAUGAACAAUGAUUGACCUGUUGGUGUUACUAUUACUAUCCAGUACAGUAUAGUAGGUGAGCAGCUGAUGAGGCGCAAUAAGUUGUUAGCAUGAUCCUGACUCUGUCCAAACAUUAUUAGUUAAAAUUGAUUUAUGAAUGCAAGAUUUUUUUUUAUUAUCUCUGCCUUUAGUCAUUUUUAAGUUCCUGAAGCUGGUCUCAUAUUGUCUUGCAUUGAUUAGCUUUUUUUUAACCUCUUUGGUUUGUAGUCUCCUCAUCUUGUUUCUGUCAGUUGUGUUCAUCUUGUGGAGCUACUGCCUUGAAGAGUUUCAUGUUGGUUUUAUUCCUCAAAUCUCUCUAUGCAAUAGAGCCCUUCCUUCUGUAUCUCAAGAGAAUCACUGCCAUUUGCUUCCAGAGUUACAGUACCAAUUUGCUACGCUGGAGCAUGUAAAUAUGGUUUAAGGCACAUAAGUCAAGUCUCCUUUCCUUUAACUAAGAAUACCAGAGUUGUAAUGGGCUACUGGUGGAACUUCCUUGUCUGUGGUGCAAGGGUGCUUGUUGAUAGAGUUUAGGUUGUAAGGUAUUUAUUUGUAUAUCGGCAGUAUCAUGACUACCCAGCUCACCCUUUGAAUGCAAUGUACAUCCUUUAGGAAUGGGGUGGUCUAUCAUCUUCUCACUUCUCACUUCUUUUUGUUUGGGUUGAUUCUCCAUCAUCUCAUCUCUCAUAAGGUAACAAUAAUGAGUACAAACAUGAGGAAUGUGGUAACUACACCAAAAUUUGUGGAAUGAACUUCAUCUAGAGGUUGGUAUUGUUCCUCAAACCAAACACCCUGGUUUCAAGAUCCAAGGUAGAUGAUUGUGAAAAAUACUCCUAUGUGUGUAGGUUGUUUUGUCGUAACGACGAGAUGAUUGUGAAAAAGGUAAUGACACAUUGAGUGACAUGCUGAACUUGAUGUAUAAAAUUGUAUAACUGGAUGAGUACAACUUAGGCUUCGUUUGAAAAUAAAAGCUCUACCAAUAUGUAAUCGAGAAAAACUAAUUAACCAACAUCUUUGUCUAAAAGGUUAUCCAGCAUCUUUCAAAUCUAACCAUUUAGGGACACAUUAUUUUUAUACACUGCAUCAGUUUUACCAUCUUUGUUAUACUGAUUUGUUAUCUGUCAAUGUUUACUAGAAACACACUUAGCCAGAGGGAUAGGCUCAUGAGUUGACUUGAAUUCACUGACAGUAGGGGGAAAAACGUGCAAAAGGUUGUCGGUGUAGAUUCUGGAGCGGACGUGCACGUCAGUAAAAAGGUUGUUCGAUUUUUGUGUGUUACUGUAAUGGACGGCCGGCAUGGCAUGGACAUGAUGCUGCCUGUCCCAGAAAGACCAAAAUGUAUGCUUCCAUUGCCCUGCAGUUGGUAGAACAUUGGGUUGUGUGUUAUUCUCUCGUGGAUUGGGCCUUGUUUACACGUGAAAGAAUUUUAAAUUUCGCUA